CCAAGUGUAAUGUAACCGUCGUGGAAGAUGUUGGUUUGUAACCUGUUGCUGGCUAAAAAUAAAACUGCGUUGUAAAUGUUAGCAAAUUGGUAAACAUUUCCGGAAAAUGAAUAUCUUGUUUGUUUGCGUGGUUUUCGCCUUUUCAUCGGCUUCAGUUUCAGAAACCAUCACCCCUACAACAGGAGAAAAACCAACUGCAAAAGAGAGUUCACCAGUCAUCAUCGACAACGGAGGUCUUAUCCCUCCAUCACCUUCAACUCCUGUCACUGCAACAAAUGUAACAGUCUCAAAAAAUCCAAGUCCUGAGGUGGUUGCAAAAGGUCUGCCUCUGUUGCCUGGUCCUCAAAUAAUCUCAGAGAAAGAUGAUGUUGAACUAAACAAGAAGGUCCAAGAUGGCACAGAAAACAGCAAAUCUGAUGAUGCUGAAAUUGAUGAGGAGGCAGGUGAUGAUGAUGACGAUGAUGAAGAAGAUGAUGACAUUGUGGAUGAUGAUGGAAAGACAGAACUCAAAAGCUCUGAUAGAGGAAUGAUGACAGGCAAUGAACAAUGGGAGAAAUACGAGUCUGAAAAGGGAAAGCCUGGUGAUGAGGAUGAUAAAGAGAAGAGUGAUUAUAAAGUGAAGGAUGAUGAUUCUAAGGGCAGUGAUGUAUUUCAGCCAGGUUCAGAAAUGGAAGCAACUUUUCCUGAGUUCAGAGGAUCCAAUUCGCUGGCCAGAACAACUACAAUGGAGCCUUUGGAAACCACUGAUUUUGAUAUGUUUGAAUAUGAAGAUAGUAAAAACAGUGAUGAAGUAAUUGGUUUUGAGGAGGAGGAUGAUGAUAAAGAUGAUGAUGAUGAGGAUUCAAACAUAGAUAUGCAUGAGCUGCAGAAUCAGGAACUGCUUCCUGUUGGUGAUCAAGAUGUGACUGAUAACCCAAUUGGUGAUUUUGAAGAAAAUGGCGCAUACAAUUUUGAUGAUGAUGAUGACUUUGAAGUAGAUGAUGGUGAACUGUCCAAACACACAGAGUCAGACACCAAAGAAUUUGGCAAGCAAGAGAAAUCAGGUCAUGGGGCAUCUGUGGAAGUCAUUAAAGAAUCGAGCACUAACUUCAAGUUCAGUGUAGGUCUGUUCAUCAUCGUGGUGGUCACUGUGAUAGCCUUGUUCAUCUACUGGAAUUGGAACACGGUGGAGCGCUUCAUCCUGUUGCGAAGACUGACGCCAGGCAGAAGGAGGGCCAGGGGAGCUGACGAGGAGAAACUGUUGGGGCCCGAGACCGCCUAGACCCCUGCAUCAACGUAGGCCUUGCGUGGGGGUGUAUGUGGCAGAGUUAGUCCAAAAGUGAAAAGUUCUGUAAGAGACUAAACAUAAGAACAUGUUAUUUAUAUUAUAAGUUAAAGUUUUAAUUGCAGAUCCUUAUUUAUGGACUUUUCUCUAGUAUCACUGGUGUAGGACUCUGAUUUCAGCAAUCAGAAUUAUCACUUCAAGUUACGUGUAAUAUUGUAACACCAUGUUUCAUUUAUAAAGAUUUUUCUACAAAGAAUUUUGGCAUAAAAUACGUAAAUUGUCUCUAGAACAUUAUAAUUACCGGUAAAACUUCAACAAUUUACAUCUUUGGAUAGACUUGUUAUAACGGAUUAAAGAACUUUCCAGUAAUUGGGGUCUGUCAUUUUCUUUAGGAAUUAAAAAAAUAAAAAUAAAUAAAUCUGACUACUUAGUAUUUUUUGGUGUUUUACAGGGCUUUCCUAAGACCUCAAAUCUCAAGAGAUAAAUUUGGUCCGAAGAGUUAUUGACUCUUGAGAUUUGAGGUCUAAGGAAAGCCCUGUAUAUGUUUGAUGUAGUUCUCACUUUCAGUAAAAACGUUAACUUUAAUCAUUGUUUAUCUUUUUGGAGACUUGUUUAUAUUUGUUAAAAUCAGUUUGUUUGUUUUUUUGAUAAAACUUUGUCUAGUCUUUAAAGGCCAGCAUGUUGUUUUUAAAUAUCGUUUAUUAGAUCAUGUUAAAUCUGCAUGCUUUAGAAAGGUUUUAUUGUAUUUGGGAUCUUGAUUGUAAAUGCCUUGAAACUUUAGAACUAGGGCACUAUUAACACUGUCUUUUGUUGUAGUGUUUUUCCUUGAAGCUGUAUGGGGACAUUGCUUUAUACAUAUAUAUGAUUUUAAUACUUUAUGCAUAUAUAUCAUAUAGAUAAUAGGGACGACAGAAAAAAAUAAAUCACCAAUGGCUUUAACUUAACAAGUUAGUAUAAUCAUUGAGAGAAAAUUAUGUUAGUUUUUCAGUGACAUUGUAUCAGCUUUAAUGUAUAUUCUAUUGCUUUAGUUAGAAUCCAUUUAUGCCUAGCAUCUAGAAAAAAAGGCCUUGGCAAACAGCGUAGACCCAGAUGAGAAAUAAGUAUACUAGACAUCCCUAAUUUUGGAAAUAAAUUGAUCCAAUUUUGAAGGAUGGGAGAGUCCACUAGGCAUAAAUGGGUUAAUUGUGGACUUGUUCAUAGUUUUGGGAAAUUUCUUGGUGUAUUGUUUUCUAUGUGCCAGAAGCUAAGAUGCUACAUCUUAAGUAUCUGCUUUAAUGUUUUAUGUGCUUCAUUUUGUAUCAAUGAACAAAGGUUUGUGCAGUAUUAUGUUUGAUGAACAAAAUAUCCAUCUUUUUUAUAGAAAAUAUGUUCUUGUUAAACCAGACAAUCAGUAAUAUCAAAACACAUUUUGUUUUUGUAUUUUAAGAAUAAUUUGAGAUUAAUGGGUGAGUGUUAGUGAUAUUGAUAUGUCUAAUUAAUGCAUUCCCAUUCUAUAUGUGCCUGUUUAAAAAAAGGGGGGUGUAUGAUGGAAUCACUUUUGACGUUUGGCGUUUGUGUGCCGUCCAAAUGAAUAAUUUCUGCACAGUUACUAAAAUAGCAUUGAAAUGCAAAAAAAAACUUUGUAAUGAUUUUAAUGGUCAUAAAAUCUCUGCCAUGCUUGAUAUGCAGCCAGAUCACAUUAAGCCUUGUGUCAGUUGCCAUGUAUCUUGUUGUAUCCAUUAUUAUUAGUUCUGUGCUAACUCUCAUGUGAUUAUUUAUGCAAGAAAAUUGAUAUGAAAAACAGUCUUAACCAGAUUUUUAAAUUGCGUAUUUUUGACAUGUUUGCACGCUUAAUGAGUACAGGGUAUUGAUUCUUAUGUACACAAAAUUGGUAAAAUUGAUUUGUUUUUUUAUUCAGUAUUUUGUGUUUUGUUAUUGUAACCGCAAAUCAACAUCAGCAGCAUUUGUCACAUCUUUAUUAAUUCAGUCUAGUUUGCAAAUAAGGCUGUUUUAUUCUAAAAUAGAAAAGACAAUUUAUAAACACAAAAAUGUACUCCGUUAUUUUAACAACUGCCCUAGAAAGCAAUGUCUACUAUGGAUUAAUUUCAUAGAUUUUAAAUUUUGUUUCUUAUUUGUUGUUAAUUUGAAAUCCAAUAAAUAGUAUUUACUUAUUUUGGUCACAUUUGAAAUUUUUUGUAUAGGAUUUAGAUUUGUAUUUUUUCUUUUACAUUUGUAAUUAUUAAUCUGGAAUGAAUACUGUGUUUUUAUAUCCCCCACCACUAUAGUGGGGGACAUAUUGUUUUUGCCCUGUCUGUUGGUUGGUUGGUUGGUUUGUGUGUUUGUUUGCUCCAACUUUAACAUUUUGCCAUAACUUGUGCGAUAUUGAACUUCAUAUUCGGCAUGCAUGUGUAUCUCAUGGAGCUGCACAUUUUGGGUGGUGAAAGGUCAAGGUCAUCCUUCAAGGUCAAAGGUCACAUAUAUAGUUUAAAGCGGCGCAGAAGGGGACAUAGUGUUUCUGACAAACACAUAUCUUGUUGUUUCUGUUUUUUUAUUAGAUGCUGUGAUAGGAGAUAAGAUCUUUAAAGCUGCAUGUAUUGUGUAGUUGUGCUUGUAAAAAAGAUUUGGCAUUGAACAUUCAUACUGAUAAAAGUUUUACUGCAAUUUGAUGGGUUCUUUCAUACUAUAAAGGCAAUUACGAAUUUUUUGAGACACUUAAAUAAACCAAUGAAUAUGUUUGGUAAUAUUUUGGCUAUAAUUAUAGUUGAGUAAUUGCAAGAAAUUGCAAACAACAUUUUACUAAACAAUUCAAAAGACUGUACAAAUAAUUAAAUACUUAUACUUAUAUUUUUAUUAUAAGGAAUGCAUUUUUUUGGAAAACACAAUUUGAUUUUUGUUUACAGACUUUGUGUACAGUAGUCCAAACACGGACCAUUUCAAUUGUUUAUACCGAUACUUGAAAUGUACACGUUUUGUGUAGAUUGUACUAGUUCGUUUUUUUAUCAUAUACUCGUUUACACUGUACUAUACUCGUUUACAAUGUACUAAAAAGAUUCUUAGUUAAACGCUUUUGUAAACAACUUAUUUUAAGCACGCCAUUUUUGUAUAUCGAGUAUUUAGGUCAAAAGCAUUGUAUCUGGGAUCGAAAUGGUAAAGGAAAAGACAGUUUCACUCUGAACCCUUGAUGCUUCAUUGGUAUUUCUUUGUACACGGUAUGUAAACGUUGCAUGUAGUUGUAGAUUACUGUACAUAUUGGUUUCAAUAAAAAUAUGUGUACAA